UUUGUGAUCAUUUGAAAUUAGAAUUCUAAAUUUUUAGUAAGCCAUUAGAACUUAUAAACAUUUAUCCGAAAUCUUAUCAUUCUUACGAAAUUCCUUAGCCUUAUCAGGAUUUUGUCGAAAACUUCUGUUCCACGGUCCUAAGCAUAACGUAAGCUCUAGCUAUUAACAGUUUUUUUUAGUUUCGUGAAGACGGUCACACUGGUCAUUAAAAUAAAUAAAAUUAUACUAAAAACAGUAGUUAGCAGAAUCAAAAGGAACGGAAUAAAGUUGGAAGAUGCUGAAUGGACAGAUCGCACACAGUUAUCUGGAGAACUCGUGCAACCUAGUGAUACCACACCCGCAUGCCAGGGAGCAGCGCUCCAAGUUGCCCCAGCCCGGAGCAGCUGCUCCCUCGGCUGCUGGUGCUUCUUCUUCCACGGCAGCGGGCGAUGGUCAGGGAACAGUGACUGGCACGGGGGAGGGAGCGUGCGCUGUGGCAGUAGCGGAGGCGUUACAUGUGGAUCGCAUAAGAAACUGCGAUAUAUUCGUGGACGCACACGAUCUGUACUUUUACGCAGAUGUUAAGCUAUACAAAUUCCACAGUCGCCGCACCUUCGACCUGCGCGAGCUGAAGACCCUGCUGAUAAGGUACAACACAGCCGAAAAUCAGUACCAUCUCUGCCUGCGUUGCUUGCCCCUAAACGCAGGAUCACAAGAGGGCUCGGGUGGAGGAACUGGUGGUGGCGGAACUGGUGAUGCGGCCAAGCCGAAAAGCUUUCGAAAGGAGUACAUAGCCACCUUCCUGCACCUUCCCAUGCUGGUGGGUGCCUCCGCCUCCCAGCUAGCCGAUAAAGAGCCGAUCGUCCAGGAAUGGAAACUUAAGCGCAUCACCGAUCAGUGCCAAAUACAGCUCGAUGGCAACGAGCGCACCUAUAAGCUGACAAAUCACUUUGGCUACGGCUUUGCCAGCAAGUAUAGGGGUCCUCCCAGCGCCAGUGAGAGUUCUCCUCAGCUGGACAUUGCCACUUGCCGCGUGGCAGAGCCGCAUCGCAUGAGUCCUAUACAACGCAAGCAGGAGCGUAUUGUCGACGAGAUGAAGCGCUUUUCGCGCGAACAGUACAAAAUGAACUUUGUUGAGCUGCAAGUUCCGUCCGGCCACCAAAAUCCUCUGCGCUACAAGCCCAAGAUCUUUGAGACAUCCAUGACUCAAGAGCAGGCGCAUCUGUUGCACAACCUUAGUCGGGAACAGGAACCAGCAGAGCUGGAAAACCUGGGCCAGAACGAAAUCGACUGCGGACUCAUCAGUAUACUUCUGGCAAUCUGCUACGAUGUGCGCACCACCAACAACGAUCCGACAUGCGAGUCGGGUUGGACGCGGAGCAUAUUGUGUCCGCUGUACUGCUACUACGAGCAGUUCGACAACUACCGGGAUGUUCUGGUAGCUUUUCUACGACGAGUAAUAACAUACCCAUUGUACCGCAAUUUUGAGCUCGGACGCACCUGCGUCCGAGAUGCUAUCGAGGUGCUGAAGGGUGGCCGCAACUGGCUGAUCAAUCAACUACUUCUCACACACCAGCAGUUCGCCAGUGGCGAUCCCUGUCGCGACAGCUUUAACAAGUACUACCUGGAGGACUAUAUUCGGUAUGUAAGCAGUGCUAACGCUUGCACUGAUGAGCACCUGCGUCUGCUGGCCCGCAAUCUGAAGAACGUUCUGAUGGACGUGAACAAGCGUCACUUGGGACUGGGGGUGACCGAAAUAGAGACUGAGAUGAUCAAGGAGCUGGUACAAGAGAUGCGCAUCGGAGCCGGCGGCGGCGGAUCUUCAAUCCUACAGCAACAGCUUGGUCAGGGCGACGAUGAGCCGGACCAAGACGACGAUGCAACGACUGACGACGACAGUGUCAUUACUGACUCCUUCGACAGCAUGGACAUGGACAUGCGGCUGAUCGAAAACGAGAUUGUCUAUGCCGUGGACGAGAACGAUGACGAGGACGAAGAGGAUGAUGACGACGACGAGGAUGAUGACGAAGACGACGACGACGAGGAUGAUGACGAUGAGGACGACGACGAGGACGAUGAUGAAGACGAGGAGGGGGCUGAUGAUAACGACGAGGACAGCGUCUCGUCGACUACCACAAGCAGCGAGGCGGAGGGGAACAGCGUUAUAGAACAGUGCAGCAACAGCGAAGCCGCCGCCAGCACUACCAGCAGUAAUAAGUAAACGCCACAUCGCCGCAACCAGUCCUGCGGCACGUCCAGCCUUGCCCAAAAAAAUAAUAUAAAAAGUAACAACCAACUUAAUGUCAAAGAACGGAGGCUAAACAGUGAUUUCUUUUACCAUUAAAAACUGAAAGUAAAAUAUAAACGAAAAAAACAAAAAACAAACAAACAAAAUUAAGAAAUAUGUAAAUUUACACGAAAAACCCAAAAAACUUUACUUAAAUCUUAAAUGUACAAUAAUUUAGUAAGAAGCAAACUCAAAGAUUUGUUCACGCCAAAUGCGAAAGAAUAUUUGAAUAUUUUUUCCCUUUGCUCUACAAUAACUUCGUAAUAAUAAUGAGUAAAUCAGAACUUUAGCAUUUAGAA